GCUAUGCCCCAGACGUUUGUCUUCUCCAGCAUACUCACACUCAGCUGUAGUGGACAGGGACAGCCCGGCAUGGGGGAGUGCAGCGGCGGGGGUGGUGGCAGUGAUUCCAGAGACCUCAUCUUCCAAGACGGACACCUCAUCUCAGGGUCCCUGGAGGCCUUGAUGGAGCGCCUGGUCCCCACAGUGGACUACUACCCUGAUAAGACAUAUAUCUUCACAUUUCUGCUAAGCUCCCGGGUCUUCAUCCCCCCUCAUGAUCUGCUGGCCCGGGUGGGGCAGAUCUGCCUGGAGCAGAGACAGCAGCUGGAGGCAGGCCCUGACCAGGCCAAACUGAAGUCCUUCUCGACCAAGGUCACACAGCUCCUGAAAGAGUGGACUGAGACCUUCCCCUACGACUUUCGGGAAGAGAAGGUCAUGGCUGAGCUGAAGGCCAUCACUCACUGCGUCACUCAGUGUGAUGAGGAGAACGGGGCUAUGAAGAAGGCCAUCAGCCAAAUGAUGCAAAAUCUGCUGUUGGCCCUGGCUGCCCGGAACCAGCUCCAGGAGUUCUGGGAGAAGUUUCGUCCACUGGCUAUGGACAAAGGGCCUGUCCUCAAAGCAAAGCCACCAGCCACCCAGAAGGACAUCCUAAGUGUGUGCUGUGACCCCCUGGUACUGGCCCAGCAGCUGACCCACAUCGAGCUGGAACGGAUCCACAGCAUCCAUCCUGAGGACCUGGUGCAGAUUCUUAGCCAUAGGGAUUCCCUGGACAACCAAAAGUGCCGAGGGGAUCAGGCUAAGACCUACAGCCUGGAGGCCUACGACAACUGGUUUAACUGCCUCAGCAUGCUGGUGGCCACCGAGGUGUGCCGGGUGGUGAAAAAGAAGCAGCGGACCCGCAUGGUGGAGUUCUUCAUUGAUGUGGCCAGGGAAUGUUUCAACAUUGGGAACUUCAACUCCAUGAUGGCCAUCAUCUCUGGCAUGAACCUCAGUCCUGUGGCACGGCUGAAGAAAACGUGGUCUAAAGUCAAGACAGCCAAGUUUGACGUCCUGGAGCAUCACAUGGACCCAUCCAGCAACUUCUGCAACUACCGCACAGCCCUUCAGGGAGCCACACAGAGGUCCCAGAUGGCCCACAGCAGCCGAGAGAAGAUCGUUAUCCCUGUGUUCAACCUCUUCGUGAAGGACAUCUACUUCCUGCACAAAAUCCAUACCAACCGCUUGCCCAAUGGGCAGGUGAACUUCAAGAAAUUUUGGGAGAUCUCUAGACAAAUCCAUGACUUCAUGACGUGGACGCAAGUGGAGUGUCCCUUUGAGAAGGACAAGAAGAUUCAGAGUUACCUGCUCACAGCACCCAUCUACAGCGAGGAAGCUCUCUUCAUCGCCUCCUUUGAGAGUGAAGGUCCUGAGAAUCACAUGGAAAAGGACAGCUGGAAGACUCUCAGGACAACUCUCCUUAACAGAGCCUGA